UUGCUGCAGGCAAGAAUUCUAUAUUUACUCUGCCUCUUGUCCUUGCUGAGACUCAUCUUCUCACAAAUCUCACCUCCAUCGGAAGCCGAUAAUCUGAAUCAUUCAACGGAAACGCGCUGUCUCUCAACAAAAUGGGAAAUCCUGCAUCAGAGAGCAAAACGGAGCUAUCUCCGCUUCCCCAGGACCUACGAGGCAAAACCGCACUAGUGACUGGCGCCUCUCGCGGUAUUGGCCGAGUCAUUGCUCUUCAGCUGGCCCGCCGAGGCGCAGUUGUUGUUGGAACCUGCUCCUCGACGGCAUCGCUAGACCAGAUUCAGUCUCUCGAACAGGCGGUGAAACAGGUGUAUAAGCUGACGGACCUGGAAGCGCCCCGAAUUGUUGGACUGGCCGCGAAUCUUCUCGACCCCCAGUUCCCCGACCUUGUUGCCAACACGAUUCGGGACGAGCUCGGCGGCAAGCUGAACAUUAUUGUCAACAACGCAUUCUAUUUUGAGACCCGCCCUGUCGGCGAGCUCGACGCCGACUAUGUCCAGCGAAUGCUCGUUGGCAACGUUCAGUGUCUCGUGGUGCUGAUGGAUCGCCUUCUCAAGGAUGGACACAUCCAACCCGAAUCGAGGGUCGUCAACAUGUCUACAGACCUCGUCCGCAGUCCUCUUCCUUUCGAGGGCGCCAUGUUGUACGCAUCUACCAAAGCGGCCAUGGAAUCACUCACGCGGUCUUGGGCAGACAUCUUGGCCAAAGACCCCAGGACCCUGGGUACUACUGUGAAUGCAAUGUCGGUUGGUGCUACAGCCACGGAAUCGUUCAUCGGGAGCACCCCGCCGGAUAUGCGCGAUGCUGCUUUGAAAGCUUUAAAAGACGGAAAAUCAGUUCACGGAGGCCUUGGGCUCCCCGAGGAUGUUGGUGACGUUGUCGGUAUGCUUGUAAGCGAGGGGGCCCGUUGGAUUAAUGGCAGUGUAGUGGCGGCCAACGGCGGUGCAGUGAAGAUCCUCUAGGGCCUGGUUUGGUCCUUUUAACUUGCUACUAGCAAGCAUUAGCGAAGACAAAAAGGAAGGGGAGAAUUGAAGAGGGAACUUCGGCUGGACCACACUGUUCCAGGUCAUAGAGAUCAAGCGUCCUCUUCGAAAGACACGUCACCAAAUGUUAUCAACUACGUAUUC